CAACAUUCUCGUUUUUCACUCCCUUUUUAAAAAAAAAAUUGGCUUUAAUUGUUGAUUUGCAGCAACUGAAAGGGAAGGAAAUGAAUCCAGGGAAGGGACAGACUCUGGAUAAAAAGACAUGGUCUUUUAGCUGGGGUGAGGGUGUCCAGAACUAGUGGGGCAUAGGUUUAGGGUGAGGAGGGUUUAGAGGGAUAUGGGCCAAGUGUUGGCAAAUGGGACUAGAUUCAUUUCGGAUAUCUGGCCAGCAUGGACGAGUUGGACCGAAGGGUCUGUUUCCAUGCUGUAUGACUCGAGUCGUCUUCAGUGAAAGCAGAAGUGUCGUUCUGAAGUCUGGACUUUCGGAGCAGCUUUCAAAGAUGUUUUGUCCUGACUGGGAGCAGAACUUACAACGGAAUCUUUCAUUUGUGAGACAGCAACUGACUCAAGUAUUUGAUGGUUUGUAGACGGAAGUUUCAGAAUCAACAGGUGAAGGGCUUAUGCCCGAAAGGUCGACUCUCCUGCUCCUUGGAUGCUGCCUGACCCACUGUACUUGUCCAGUGCUGCACUUUUCAAAUCUGACUCUCCAGUGUCUGCAGCCCACACUUUCACAUCAAUGUCUGAGAGUCACUCAAUCUGUCAGGACUACAACGAUUUUCGACAAUGAUUCUGUGAGAGGGAGCAAAGCUUUUAUGUUCCAGUUUCAGUAAGUUUUCAGCAUCAGUGGGAGUGGAUGAGACACCCUACUGUUUCAGCGCACUGAGUGUGGAGCCUGAAGCAGUUAUACGGCCCGGGAAGAGGAAUUCACGGCAGGGAGGGGCUGUACUCCCGUUUGUGUGCGGCUGAAACUUCGUCCAUGGAGAAACCCGAGGAAUCCCGCCCCGUGGAGAAACCGUGGAUGUGUGGUGACUGCGGGAAAGGCUUCCGUGCCCCAUCUGCCCUGGAGACUCAUCGGCGCAGUCACACCGGGGAGAGGCCGUUCUCCUGCCCCAAGUGUGGGAAGGAAUUUACCAAUUCCUCCGCUCUGAGGAGGCACCAGUGGGUUCACACCGGGGAGAGGCCCUUCAGCUGCCCUGAGUGCGGGAAGGCCUUCAGCAAUUCCUCAGCCUUGCUGAGACACCAGCGUGUCCACACCGGGGAGAGGCUGUUCUCCUGCCCCGAGUGCAGGAAGGGGUUCAGCGAUUCCUCUGCCCUGCUGACCCACCGGCGGGUCCACACCGGGGAGAGGCCCUUCACCUGCCCAGAGUGUGGGAAGGCCUUCACCCAGGCCUCCGUCCUGCUGACCCACCGGCGCGUCCACACUGGGGAGAGGCCCUUCACUUGCACUGAGUGCGGGAAGGCCUUCAGCAAUUCCUCCCACUUGCUGACCCACCAGCGGGUCCACACGGGGGAGAGGCCCUUCAGCUGCCCUGAGUGCGGGAAGGGCUUCAGCAAUUCCUCUGACUUACUAAAGCACCGGUGGGUCCACAGCGAGGAGAGGCCAUUCAGCUGCCCCGAGUGCGGGAAGGGCUUUACCCAGGCCUCCAACCUGCUGACCCACCAGCGGGUCCACACUGGGGAGCGGCCCUUCAGCUGCCCCGAGUGUGGAAAGGCCUUCACUCAGGCCUCCGCCCUGCUGCGGCACCAGCGGGUCCAUACUGGCGAGAAGCCUUUCCCCUGCCCUGUGUGUGGGAAGGGGUUCACAUUGUCCUGCAACUUGCAGAGGCACCAGCGGGGGCACCAGUGUUCCCAACAACCAGAUUGUGCCGGUGACGCUGCGGUGGGUCACCCCCCGGACUGAACCUCCUGCCUGCUCUGACAGUGGGAGAGUCGGUGGGCUUUUGUUUUUGUUUUCUGCUGGACUGCAAGCACACCCCAAAAUCCCACUGUGGCUCAGCAGUUAGCAGUGCUACCUCAAGCACCAGGCACAUGCCUUUGAUUCCACCUUGCGGCGACUGUCUUGUGUGGAGUUUGCGCAUUCUCCCCCAGUGUCUGCAUGGGUUUCCUUCCACAGUCCAAUGAUGUGCAGGUUGGGGUGUAUUGGCCAAGCUAAAUUGUCCCAUAGUGUUCAGGGCUUUGUAGGUGUGGUGCAUUAGUCAGGGGUAAAUGUAGAGUAAUAGAGUAGGAGGAAUGGGUAUGGGUGGGUUACUCUUCGGAGGGUCAGUUGUAACUUGUUGGGCCGAAGGGCCUGUUUCCACACUGUGUAGGGAUUCUGUGAGCUUUGAUUCCAAUGGGUGCUACUGCCUGUCGAGCCCGGGACUGCACUUUCCCACUGAAAUGAUCCACACAAACCACUAGAUCAUCGGAGCAGAAGUUAGGCCAUUCGGCCCAUCGAGUCUGCUCUGUCAUCCUUUAGAAACAAUAAGACUGCAGAUGCAGGAAUCCCAAAGUAGGCAAGCAGGAGGUUGGGAGAACACAGCAAAGCCAGGCAGCAGCAGGAGGUGGGGAAGUCAGCGUUUUGGCUGUUUAUCCAAAUUGUUGACUUCUCUACCUGAAACAAUUUGCCAGGAUGUUGUCGGGAGUUGGAGGAUUUGAUCUACAGGGAGGGGCUGAAUAGACUGGAGCUGUUUUCCCUGGAGCUUCAGAGGCUGAGGGGUGACUUUAUAAGAGGUUUGUAAAAUCAUGAGGGGCUUGGUUUGGGUAAAUGGACAUGGUGUUUUCCCUGGGGUGGGGGAGUCCCGAACUAGAGGGAAUAGGUUCAGUGUGAGAGGGUGGAAAAAUUUAAAAGGGACCUAAGGGGCAAUGUUUUCAUGCAGAGCAUGGUGCGUGUAUGGAAUAAGCUGCCAGAGGAAGUGGUGGAGGCUGGUACAAUUACAGCAUUUAAAAGGCAUCCUGAUGGGGACAUGAAUAGAAAGGAUUUAUAGGGAUAUGGGCCAAGUGCUGGCAAAUGUGUCUCGGUUAAUUUGGGAUAUCUGGUCAGCAUGAACCAGUCGGACUGAAGGGUCUGUUUCCGUGCUGUACAUCUCUACGAUUACCGGUCCUGAUGUAAGUUUUAAAAUCGAGUCCAAGUAACUUUGAAAAGUUCAAUCUAGUUGACCUCAAGUGCUGAAAGGUUUCAAAUGAAUCCCUCCGAGCGAUACUGCUUAUAUAUGCUGACUGAGGCAAAGUAUCCCAACAAGUUCAACACAAACCCAGAGUUGAAGAAGUCAGAAGUCACACACCAAGGUGAUCAAAACUGGUCACAAUACUCCAAAUGUGGCUGCACCAACAUUUUGUAUAACUGCAACAUAGCUUCCCAACUUCUAUACUCAAUGCCCUGACUGAUGAAGGCCAGUGUGCUUUAAGCUUUCUUCACUGCCCUGUCUACCUAUGAUCUCAGAAAUAUAGGACCUACUCCAGACUGGAUUCACAAUCUGGCUGAUAGAAGGCGGUUUGCUGUCCUUUCUAGAGAUAAGUCUCCUGGACAGAACGUGCUGACUAACUGACUGAUCGACUGAACCUCGCAGUGCCCCACUGCCCUCCGUUAUCUAGAGGGGUUCACACACAUGCAGCGAAUGUGGUACCGAAACCUUUAUUUUAUCAUCUGUUUGGGAUUGAUCCCUAUUCAUUCGGUGCUAUGGAGUCAAAUGCCUGGAAACAGACCCAUCGGUCCAACCAGUCCAUGAUUCCCCAUCUACACUAGUGCCACCUGUCUGCUCCUGGCCCGUAUCCAGUAGUCAUAGUCAUUGAGAUGCACAGCCUGGAAACAGACUCUUCAGUCCAAUACGUCCAUGAUCCCCAACUAAACCAGUGCCACCUGUCUGCAUCUGGCCCGUAUCUGAUAGACACAGAGAUGCUCAGCACCGAAACUGACCCUUUGGUCCAACUCGUCUAUGCUGGCCAGAAAACCUAACCUAACCCGAUGCAGUAUUAAGAGUCCUCUUUAGCAAGAGACCUUAACAAGCUGUCGUAAUGGAUUCACAAAAGUAUGGGAUCAGAAAAAAAAAGCAUUUUCAUCUUAUACUUUGCAGCCAUGGUAACUAGAUCUUAGUCAGUUGACAAUACUAUGUAAAGAGGAUUAUAAGACAAGACAAGGUAAUAGAAAAAAUGGAUGGGGAAUGCGAGAUAAAAUACAACAAAAUGGGGGGACUUCAUGCAAACUUAAUGGAGAGUUUUGUGUGAAAAUAUAGACACUGCAGUCCUGAACACAACAGCAAAAUAUCCCUUUCAUAAAGGAGCAUGUGUGAGAAAUCAGACAGAGAUGCAUAAAAUUCCUACAGUGCAGAAAGAGGCCGUUUGACCUAUUCAGUCUGCACUGACCCAGCAAAGAGCAUCCCACUCGGGAUCACCCCAUCCCCCUGCGUUUACCAUGGCUAAUCUACCUAGCCUACACAUCACUGAGCAAUUUAGCCUGGUCAGUCCACCCAACCUGCACAUCUGUGGACUGUGGGAGGAAGCCCAUGUAGACAGAGAGAACAUGCAUACUCCACACAGAUGGUCACCUGAGGCUGGAAUUGAACCUGGGUCCCUGGCGCUGUGAGGUAGCAGUGCUAAGCACCGUGCUACCCCAAUAUGAAUAAAAAUUUUAAUAAAUCCACUAAGUUGUAAAUUUGUCCAUGUGAAGAACUUACUGCAAAUGAAUGGAAGCAAGAGUCCAUCCAAAGUGCCUUUGGGAGAAAUCCAAAACUUAAUUCAUUAACGAUCGAACAUACUUCAACCUCUGGAAUGGUCUGUGAGAGAGUGUAUCGGAGUCAGAUUCAAAUAUGGCAUUCAAAAGAGAGUUGGAUCAUUAAACUGAAAAGGAAAGUAAUUGCAGUGUUCAGUGAAGAGCAGGACUAAGUACUCUGGUGCCUAUAAUUAUGUCUGUCAGGUGAACCUCAGAAUGAGUUCCCUGAAUGGGGCGGUUCACCUGCUCCUGUUGAGAUUUCAGGUUGAUAACGUUUAGUUAGAUUCCCAAUAUCUGCAGGAUGCUUUCUCUGUUCUAGUAUCGACUUGAGUGACUCAAAACAAAAUUUGACACUAUGAAUUGCUCCUAUGAUAUCUCAUGAGAGGGUUAAUGAUAUUAACAGUGCCAUAUAAAUUGUUGUGGGUCAUAAAUGGCCAACUGAGAAAGGAAAUAAAACUGCCUAUCAUUAAAUAUUCAUUUUUAAACCAUGGAAAUAAAAUUAAUAUUUGGAAAACACACCAUUUGUUAUGUAUUAAGUAGAUCAGAAAUAGGAUUGGGUGUAGAUAAUUGAUCGUUAAGAUGUUCUGUCUUUCAUCACCAUCUAUUGCUGAUCGUUUAUCUGAAUUCUGUUUCCUACGCUUUAGUUUUCAUGACCAACCCGGAUGAAGGGGCUACACUCCAAGAGUUUGUGAUUUCAAAUAAAC